CCAUAUCUAACACCUGCGUUCUCUAGUAGACGCUGCGAAACCAUGAGAAAGACGAGCCCAACAAUCUUGGAAGAUUGUGUUCACAAAUGGAGAAAGUACAGAAAUGGCUGGUGCCGCUUGGGCCACCUUCGCGUCUCAAGUCUUCUGUAAAAUGUUCGCAGCAUUUAACACGCUACACGACGUCAUCACUUCCAGGACGAAAUGUCGUGGCUCAGACGAAGAAGUGGCCCAUUGAUCAUCCUCGGCACCUCUGCGUUGGGUGGUACCGUGUACCGCAUCCUCAAACCCUCCAACUCGGGCAACGAAUCGCUGAAUCCGUACACAUUCACGCCGUACACGCUCGUCGACAAACAGCCAGUCUCUUCCACGAGCGCUAUAUUCACACUGCGCCACCGUCAUGGCGCGCCGGAACCGGAGAGCGUUAGGGAGGCGUGGAAGCGUAGCACAUGGAGCGUACAAAUAAAGCAGCCCCAACUGCAGAUCGCGCGCGCAUACACCCCGCUCCCUCCUACAUCAGAUGGAGAGGGAAAGGACGAGGAUAUGCGAUUGUUGAUACGGCAAGAGACAGGUGGUGAGCUAUCGACCUAUCUACAUCGAUUACCAGAGCAAUCCACAAUCGAGCUGCGGGGCCCGAACACGGAAUUUGAGCUGCCAGAUGGUAUCAAUGAGGUCUUGUUUCUGGCAGGCGGUACAGGCAUUGCCCCUGCGAUGCAGGUUGCGUAUAUUCUUGAAGGGAGGCCUGAGAGCACCAUGCGCAUACUCUGGGCGAACAGACGGCGCGAAGAAUGUGUGGGCGGCGUUAGCGACGGGGCAGGGAGCAUAACAAGUAAAUCGGGAUGGAAAGGCUUCUUUGGCUCUAGCGACUCUACAGCGCAACAACCCCUUUCAGACACCAACAAUGGUCAGGAAAAAGGCAUCAUGGUCAAGGAACUCGAUACGCUGAAGGCGCGGAGCAAGGCCGCGACCAGGGACCUGAGCGUGCAGUAUUUUGUCGAUGAAGAGAAGAGUGUCAUACGAUCAGGUGAUGUUGCGAAGAUGAUACACGAGUCGCCAGGGGAGAAAGGUUCGAGGGUCAUCAUGGUAUCUGGACCAGAUGGCUUUGUUGAGUACUGGGCCGGCAGGAAGCUUUGGGUCGAUGGGAGAGAAGCGCAAGGUCCACUCCGCGGAGUACUAGGGAAGAUGAAUCUGAAGGAUUGGAAGGUGAUUAAACUUUGAAGACAACACAUUCACGCAACACGAUUCAUAUCUUUCGUUUGUAAUCUGAAGCUCGUAUCUGCCAUAACCACUUUUGACGCGUGGCCUGCAUAUCUGAUAAAGUAAACUUAACACCCAUGCACAAAGACCAAUUAAAACAGCAGCGAACGUAUGCUUUCCUCGGUUGGUUUCGAUGUUGAUAUUGGGUUUCCAGCUGGGGAGGCUCACAAUCACGGAAAACGAUAACCCAGGUUGAAGUGUGCAAAGUGCUGUACCUGAGUCUUACCUAAACAAGGAUCGGGCUUUGCCUGAA